UAGUUAAUAUCUUCUACAUUGAAGAAUAGCGAUAGUGCUAUUCCUCCAAUCUGUCUUUGUGAUCACAAAUAAUAAAAUAAAGAAGAAAUAUGCUGCAGCUGAAAUGAAAUAACAUUCAUUUCCAUUUCUAUAUUCCGUUACAAUAGCCAAACAAGUGGCAACAGUUGCAUUAGUUUUACAAUUCACAUAUGACUAACAUUCACAUAGAAACGAAACUUUUUUCCAUUUUCUCCGUUGCAACAAGUUAUAUUUUACGUGAAGUAUUUUGUCAUGUAGAAAGAUAAGAAAGAAGUUUUGUCUUCACGUAAGAUAAUGCUUCAGAAAGUUGUUGAAUAUUUUCUUUAAGCUUGAAAGAUAAUUUUGUGUACAAUGCGAUUUACUGUAGCAUAGAACAGAAAAAAUCUUUCUUUAAAAGGUGUUUACAACAUACCAUUCUUUACAGCAAUGUAUCAUAAGGACUAUUUAGAUUAAUCAUGAUUGGUAACAUAAAAAGAUCAUAUUCAUCAGCAAAUUGUACGACUGACGCGGUAGGUUAACUCUCAAUUACGUUCUGCAUUGAGCGUCUCAACUAAUAGAGAAACUUCGUCAUAAAAUGUCACUUAUAUUACUUUUCAAUGAUGAUAACUAUAUUCUUUAUUUUUUAUCUUUGUCAUAGGAUCAAUGUACCUCAUCGUCAAAGAUAUCCAAUAAGAAGGGAGAGGUAGACGAUCAUUCAUAUUACGAUCAACUUUCGAAGUUCGUGAUUCCAAAUCAGUCAUUUUCUCAACCACGAAAAACUAACAACGUUAUAGAUAUUUUACAUGAACGAUCGGCUGACUUGGAUAUGGAAAUUGAAGAUGACUCGCCCGUCGGCACCCCCACUCACGUAGGCAAAACUGGUCAAAUAGCUUGGUCACGUUGUUAUCAAAGGCACUUAAUACCACGCCGUUCCGCUGCUCUGUCGGGCAUAGAUUCACGUGAAAGAGUUUCAUCGAAUGGCGAAAGAUUCCUACGUCACUCGAUGAAACGCUCACACAGCCAAUACAAACAAUCUGAAUUAUCUCACAGUGAAGGGAGUAAAUCUUACUAUAGUAAAUCGUUUCGCAGAAGUUGUUCAAGUGGUUCAGCCAACAAAAUAUUGAAAUCCCAGCAUAGUCAUCCUAUGAGCAAUACUAUGUAUGAUUAUCAUAUGGGACACGAAUCCAGUCGAUACUCUUGUACAAGUGAUGGAUUAGUGGGCGAGAAGCAAGAUGAUGCAACAGAUGGAAUGAUCAUAAAAAGUUCGCACAACCAUCGUGAAUAUGUACUCAUCGCAUAUAUCAGUACAAAACAAGCUCCAUUGCCAUGUAUUUCUACACAGUUCAAUGUUAUCUCAUUCGAUGAUGAUUUGAAAUGUAUUUCUGAGUUAUUAUCAAUUAUGAGCAAACACAUUUAUUUCAUUGUCCCGCUACUCAUUGCAAAGUACAUCGUCCCGUUAAUUCAUGAUCAUCCAUUCCUCGAACAUAUUUAUAUUUAUACCGUUAACAACGACACUCAACCAUCGUGGACCAAAAGUUUUUCUAAAGUUCGACGAAUUUGGAAUUCCAUUCUAGAUUUGGACGAACAAGUACAUAUAGACAUCUGUUUGGGUUCACCAGAUCUCUCGUACCGUCCAACUUCGUGGGCAACUCUCUUUCACAAAAUAUGCAGUCAGAGACCCAAUGAAAAUGCACAUAAAUACUCCAUAUUCGAUGAUGAUUAUAACAAAGAUUUCGAACAAGUCACACUUGCUACAUUGAAAUGCAAUAAUUUAGUAUUGCCCAAAGAAAUUCAAAAUAUGUUUCUUCUGAAGGAUUUCCAUAAUGUCGAUCAAUAUGAGAAGUUUGUUCAAGAAGAAAAUCGGCCGGUUUUCUUGAUUACGUCGGAUGAAUGUAUUCCAUCGAUGAAUAAACUUCAAGCACUGUAUAUUUGGUCAGAGUCGCGUACAAGGUUUCCAUCACAAUCACAACAUCCCCGUACACAUGGUACAUUCACUGAUGCCACCAUACUCUAUUCACGUUUAUUAAACGAUAUAUCGUUUUAUCGAAAAGCAAAGACGAGUGGUAUUUCUUUUGCUACUUUUCCGUCUAUCGAUAUGAGUCAAUUGAUUUUACCACAGCUAAAUGAACAAAUGGCUCGAUUUCUCAAAAAUUAUCUCUUGUCUAUCAUCCUGCCCGAGAUAUCUGAAUUAACAGAUAGCUUCACGCAUAGCAAAAUAAAGUCAUUGGAGGAUAUUCAGUAUUGCUUACGCGUGAUUCAUGGACAACAGAUUGCACACUUACUACCCAAUCUACUAGAGUUACACAAACGUAUACCCAACCGGUACAACGAAGAAACGAUCUCUCCUCAAACUGUCUAUCAUGCUGAUAUCAUAUCCGCUGAAGAUCUUCAGACACUUCGUCAAAACUGUGAUAACCUAAUAAAUACCGAUUCCUACAUACUAGUAAUCAGCGAUCUAGCGGCAGUUCGACGUUUGGCCAGAAGAAUUGCGAAGAGCGGCUCGAGUGCUGUGCUAUUUGAAAUCCAAAUUACGCAAACUACUAAAUUAUUUUAUUCAUAUGACAACAACUCGUUUUUAUUUCCAGUGGGAUGUACGUUUCGCAUCCGUUCUAUUAAUCAAGCAUUAGAUGGGGUUUGGUAUGUCAGGCUAAUACACACAAUCGAUAAAGAUUUACAAAUAAUUAAAGAGCAGCUACAAUAUGAAGUUGGCCAUCAGUUAAAUCCAUUGAUAUUCGGUCAUUUUCUCAGCGCUUUAAGUUGGCACAAAGAAGCGAACAAUUAUUAUGAAUUCUGGUUGGAUAUUCUUAAGUCGGAUCAUCGACAUCGAUACGCCAUUCAUUAUUAUUACGGUAUUCUGCUUAAAUGUGCUCGUGAACAUCGUGACGCAGUGAAUCAACUACGACAGGCUCUGGCAUGCGGUAAGCCAAUGAUAGAGAUUGCCAAAGCACACGAACCUUGGAGUGAAGAAAUGCAAGAAUCAAUUGAGAACUCUGUGGUAGACAAAAGUAUCGUUUUAGGAAGUAUAGCCGACAUGCACUAUGCACAAAAUAAUCAAAAAGAAGCACUUCAAUUGUACGAAACGGGUCUCGUACUAACCGUGGAUCAACGAUAUCGUCGUCAUUUUCAGAAAAGAAUUGAUAUUUUGAAACAUUUAUUAAACCCAUCUACCAUUUAA